UUCACACAUUCACUGACCUGCUGUACAUGCAUGAUAGCACUGUUGAAACUACCUGGGAAAUACAUUUUACAAACCAUAUACAGAGACAUGCACAUGGGUAUUUCUUUAAUACUCAUUAUAUUCCCCCAGCUCAAUAGCAUAAAGAGUUGCUGCUUGUUUAAAGUUUAGAGAUGCACAUUUUAGUUUUUAAUUAUUUUCAGAGGGCUGGUCUACGUGGUUAAAUCUUUAAUCUGGCCCGCUGGAUGAAAGUGGACACACAUAGGCUCUCCAAAGGACUUUUUUUCAGGAUUCUGCUCCCCCUUGCUGAGUUGCUCUCUAUCAUUGUUUCGCUCCGGCAUUAACCACAUUCCAGAGCGCCGCAGCGCCGCUCGUGUCCCUCCGCGCAUUCCUCUCACACAAUCUAGUCCCAAAUGCAUCGUUUGAUAAACGCAUUCUCGUUCGUCUCCGCAACUCAACAUCUCUCCAGAUUGACUCAAAACUCUCGGUGCGUAAUUUUACGCGAGGUGAAAUCUCUGUAAACAAGUUUACAGAAACAAUCACGAAAAAUCAAAGCGAGAAAAUUCCUCCGCGCAGCGCGCCAUUGACUGUAAAGACCUUUCAACUUUACAAAAACUGAAAUUGACAAACGUUCUCUUGUGUGGAAACUUUGUAACGACGACUGUAUCGCCACGAAUCGACAUACGGGGAUCAUGUAUCGUGACGAAACGACUGCGCUGGACUAAGUAAGCGCGAACAGUCAGCGAUGGCUCGCCUGAGGCGGCGUUUUUCCGUGUAAAAUGCAGUUUGUGUUGUAGUUGACUAGUGCUCCGCGCGCUCCCCCGUUCAGCCUCCCUUAACUCGCCGCGCGACAUGGAAGAAUAUGACGAGGAACCGGGGCGCAGAGCGAGCAAACUGAUGGAAAACCUCUCCAUAUAUGACGUUUAUCAGGAUGGGAUGUACGGGGAGCCGAACCCCGAGAUGGAGAAAAGUAAGCGAAUGAAUGGCAGCUCCGGGAACAAAGUCUACGGCGCGGCUCCCGUGCGCUCCGUCAAUGGAAACCGACCCUCAGUGCCUUUGGAUUUCUGUUCUCCGCAAAGGGAAGCGGUUUACCCCGAUCCCGACGCGUACUGCACCAAAUCCGAAGUUGCCUUGCCGUGUUACAGCGGCGCGUCGGACCGUCUCAGGAGAUACGCGCACGCGGAGGUGCAAGGACACCGGUACAGCACUGGCUGCGCCUAUGACGGGCUUGUUUUGGGAAAACAGGUGCCCGUUCCGGGCGCGAGGAGCAACAGCUUAUGCAUGGCCAGUCCCGACGGCAGGUACGCGGCCACAAGCCCGCGCACCAGCCUGGCUUCGACUCACUCGUCGCAGGAUCAGAGCAAACACACCAGCCCGAGGUCGAGUAUCAGCAGCCCGCGCUCCAGCCUGGUGUCACCCGGACAGGAGAAGUACUGCGAGGGGAACAGCGUGAUCAGCCCCCGGUCUAGUUACGCGAGCACGGCCAGCGACACCAGCAAACACUCCAGCCCCCGAACCAGCCUCACCAGCUACGACUGCGGGAGCAAACCGAGCAGCAACCGAACCAGCGGCAUCAGCAUGGGCUACGACCAGCGGCACAUCAGCCCCAGGUCGAGCACCACGAGCCCGCGCUCCAGCUACUCCGACUCGCGUUUCACGCCUGCGGGGAACCACGACCCGGAGAGCGCUGCGGUGCACGGCAUCCCCAGCAUCUGCAUCCAGGACGGCGGUGCGCGACCCAACUGCGUGGUCAGUCCCCGGUCGAGCAUCUCCAGCCACAGCUCCAGGAGCUCGCGUAGCUCCCGGGGAUCGAUGAGCGCCUAUCCCGAGCUCCAGCUUCCUUUGCCGGAGGACGCGCUGCUGCAGGACUUCACGGAGCCAAACGGCCUCCACAACAACCGCGUCCAUCUCCAAACGUUUCCCGAGCCUCAACAGCAGAAUUCAGAUGUCAACAUCGCGUUUAGCUACGGCAAAGCGGGCGCCGGGGGGCAGCGCUUCAAGCUGCCGUACCAGGUCACUCCAUCCCGGGACAGCGGCCCCAGUCAGGCGGAGCGGCGCCUGGAGGCCCUCACUCUGGAGCUGGAGAAAGAGCUCGAGAUGCACAUGAAAAAGGAAUAUUUUGGUAUCUGUGUAAAGUGUGGUAAAGGUGUUUAUGGAGCGAGUCAAGCGUGUCAGGCGAUGGGGAACCUGUAUCAUACUAACUGCUUCACCUGCUGCUCCUGCGGACGGAGGCUACGAGGAAAGGCUUUCUAUAAUGUUAACGGAAAGGUGUACUGUGAGGAGGACUUCCUGUAUUCCGGAUUCCAGCAGACAGCGGAAAAAUGCUUUGUGUGUGGUCACCUCAUCAUGGAGAUGAUCUUGCAGGCUCUGGGAAAGUCGUAUCAUCCAGGCUGUUUCCGCUGUGUGGUGUGUAAGGAGGGUCUGGACGGCGUUCCUUUCACCGUGGAUGUGGAGAACAACAUCUACUGUGUGAAAGACUACCACACGGUUUUUGCUCCUAAAUGUGCCUCGUGUAACCAGCCAAUCCUCCCAGCACAGGGUUCAGAGGAGACCAUACGGGUGGUGUCCAUGGAUAAAGAUUACCACGUGGAGUGCUAUCACUGUGAGGAUUGUGGCCUGCAGCUGAAUGAUGAAGAGGGGCAUCGCUGUUACCCGCUGGAGGGGCACCUGCUGUGCCACCGAUGCCAUCUGCACCGGUUAAAGACCCCUCUGCCGCCCCACCCGCCCCCGAGUUACCCGCUACACGUCACUGAACUGUGAACACACGGACUCACGCUGAAGAAGAGAAUGGUGGAACGACAAGCAAGAGGAGAUAAAGACAGAGAAGUGUCUGUCCUUCCCCUAAACAAUAAACAGGGAAAUCAGUCUACAUAUUUCCACUUGUUUAGGGUUUAUAUGACCAACCAGGGAGGCUUUUAUUACUACUUUCAUCCCUCAUCACCUUCUUCCUCACACGUUCCGGUCUCGUUCGCCGUAUCGAGGGGUUUUCGCUCCGUUCGGGACCCAGCAUGAGGUCUUCAGCACUGCCGCAGGGGAACGGAGGGCGACCCGUGCCUGUUUUUCCUCCAAACGUGACCUCUGAAUGCCAGACGACAGCACUGAACAUGCAUACAGACUGAGAUUAUGACUUCCUGUGCCUUCAUCGAAUAUCCUGCGUCGAUCAGGCCGUCACGUCACUCACUGCCUUUGACAUGCACCAUUCCUGUAUGCGUGUGUCGUGCCGCUUUUUGUGCCAAGCUGCCCGGGUGUUUAAAGGGACAUUUUACCAAAAAUGAAUCAUUUAUUCACCCUCAUGUUGUUCCAAACUGGUAUGAUUUUAUCUUCCAUGGAAGACAAAAGACAUUUAUUAAAAUGUCCUUUUCAGCCAAGACACUAUUGGCAAAACCAUUGUUUUUCAUUCCCUGGUUAAUUUUGAGAUUUUAGGCUAUUUUGUGUCCAUAACAUGUUUUAGUUGAAAGAAAACAUCCAAAAUACACAUUAAAGUUAGUGUUGACAAGUCGAUUAAUCACGAUAAAUCACAUCUAACAUAAAAGUUGGUUUACAUAAUAUGUGUGUGUAUAUAAUAUAUAUAUAUAUAUAUAUAUAUAUAUAUAUAUAUAUGU